AUGUUGGUUUUUGUCGAUGAGACCGUUUGGAGCGAGGUGGGUAUGCAUCGCAUCAACGAGGAGAAAAAAUUAUCAACGAGGCUGAGCGCUGGCUUCGGGAAAACAAAAAAAACCCCGCCGAGCCCCGCGCCACCCCGCAGUCCCACCGGCGAGAUCGUCGGGGAUCGCGAAACGGCGAGGGAUGCGCUGUCGAAAGCCGCGAAUAAUUCGGUCACGCGAGAUAUCAGAGAGAACGUGGAAAAGGCCGCAGACCAUGUCGCAAGAGAGGCUGCCCCGGAGAAAACUUCGAGCAAGGACACGGAAAAACCGCGAGACUCGAAGAAAGUCUCCGUGAAACCCUCAGACUGUGUUCAAAACGAACAGAGAGACAGCGAGAUAGACAAGAAAUCCGCGAGGAAGAAAUUGAAUGUAAACAGAGUGAUGGUGACCAAGGUAUACGAUCUCGAGGAUUGUCAUUGUAGCGAAGAUAUGGAUUCUGUGACCCUCGGUGGACUCGCUAUGGGCCGUCAGGAUGAAAGCGCGGCGACCGCGAGAAGAAAAAACCGAAAUCCGAAUGCCAUCACGGAUCUCCAUAUCAGAGAAGUACCCUGUAUGACGUCCGCUGCUCUGCUAGCGGAGGAUAGCACGAGCCCGGCGCACUUAUCGACCGCCACCCCGAGAACUAAAGAAGCCGUUGCCAAGAGGAAGGAGGCCCGUAAGAAGGCCAUCAAGGCCCUGAAAAGUAUUCUCGAGAACAAGAAUCUGCGAUUGCUCGCGCGCGAGGUCAGUGAUUUCCCUGAGUUCAUCCAUCUCGGGAUAAUUAUCGAAAUAUAUCACUCCACGGAUAACCCUCUCGACAGGGUCGGCAACGCCGCCAAGGAAAUUCCGGAAAUCAGGAGCCUAAGCAAGGCGACACCCCAGCGUGUGACUGUCAGGAGAGUGCAAAUGAGCCAGGAAGACGAACCGGUGGAAGCCUACAGAUGCGCCUCGGGCAUGACGGUCACUGUCGCGAAACAAGGUGACGAACAGGACGAUGAGAUACUGAUCAGCAUCAAAUCCCCGAACAACGCGCCGAGGAGUUGCCCGCGAGGGGUGAAUAGCCAGACGUGGCUCCCCGAGCCGCCAGAAAUGGGGACACGACGCCGUCAUCAGGGCAAUCACAUUUCAACCGUGAAGAUGAGCCAGGUGCGGGGUCAGUUCGAAGUGAGGUCGAAUUCGGGCGGUGUGGACUUGGUGCAGACGUCCCCGCUCCAUAUUCCGUGGCAGGCUUUCGACGACAGUUGCGAAAUAUGUCGACACCUCGUGCAUUUACAUCGCCACAUGAGUCUGGGAGACUGCAGGGUUCCCGAGAGUCGGAAAGAUCGAGCACCCGAAAGCGCGGGAGACGACACAGCGCCGAGAGAUCUCCAGAGUCGUAAGACCCGUGGACUUCGUAAAGACGUUUCGAGUAAAGAACGUGCGACUUCGAAAUCGCCUUCGAGGAAGGGCAGACGUUCUUCCCCGUCUCGGAAGAAAGCCAAAUCAAAGAAAGACGAUAAGUCUAGCAAGGAAAAAGGGCCCAAAGACGAACGUAAACGGUUUGUGAAGGCCCUCGAGAAAAUGAUCAGCUUCAAACCACAGUCGAUGCUGUCGGGGGAAAGCGAACAGAAGAAACCCGCAUCGAAGAGGAGCAAAUCCUCAAAGGGCAAAGCGGGGAAGAAAGCAGAAAAACCUCGUAGACGUGGCGAAAGAGAGUCGAGCACUCAAGGGACGAAACGAGUACCCAAGUCCAGGAAGUCUCGCAAGAAUCCCACCAGACCAUCGAGAGACAAGUCGCCCCGGAGCGUCAAGAAGUCGUCUAAGAAGAAAGCGCCUCGCACACCGAAAAAGACUCGGAGGAGCCCCUCGACUUCUCUCGAGGGCGGUCGGGUAGCGGAACGAGCGUCAAAGAUUAGCGCGACAGCGAGCUCCGUCAUCGACUACGAUGAAGAUCAUGCCGCGAUUCCGGGAGGUGGUUUCGAGAGGAGCUCGGAACUAGACAUGCCGAUCUUGAAGGGCGGGGGACGAAAACCGCGCGGAGAAGCAUUAUCGAACUGCUCCCCCGCUGCCGUCGAGGAAUUCCCGAGACCUCACUUCACCUUCGAGGAGAGGAAAAGCGGAUGGUUAGCACUCUACGCGAUCGUCGCGAUCUACAUGUUCGUUUGCUUGACGACCCUCUGUGACGCUUACUUCAUACCGGCCAUAGAGGUGCUUACUGAGACCUUGAACAUCGAUGACAGCGUCGCCGGGGCAACAUUCAUGGCCGGAGCGAGCUCUGUGCCUGCGAUCGCGUCGUCUUUGAUCGCCAUCCUCAUAGCGAAGGGAGACCUCGGAGUGAGCACAGCAUUGGGAUCGGCUGUUCUAAAUUCAGCAGGCGUCGUGGGUGUCGGAGCAUUAUUCGCCACCGAGUUGGUGAUGCUGAGCCGCUGGCCUCUUUAUCGAGACUGUUCCUUUUGCUUUCUCAGCAUGUUGGUGAUGGUGAUCGCGAUGUAUGACGACGUUAUCAUGUGGUACGAAUCAACGGGACUCUUGCUGCUCUACUUCGUUUAUAUACUCUUGAUGAUUUUCGACAAGAGGCUCAGAGCGGCAUUCACGGAGACAUUCAACUUCCUCCGCGAUAAACCCCAUACGAAUGUAAAGAGCUUCCCCCCGACUUCGAGUAACACCGAGAGUCGGGUUUCAGUGGGCGCGAUCAUGCGAGCGAAGUCGUUCGGAGAUCCCCCGGGAGAUCCUCAGCGUCACCGAAGCGGUCUGCCGUCAACGAAUCGCUUCGCAGAACCGGUCAUUUCAUACCGGCUAACUUAUAGUUCUGGACAUGAUGAAGGUAUUGUCGUAAACUCGGGAAAAGCCUCCGGACGCGACAAGGAGUCGGAUCCGAAUACGGCUUCGAGACCCGCCGGCUUCGAGAUGAAGGCUGAUGCAUCCGCUGGAAGAACUCGGUUUGACGUUUUGACGUAUUUCAAAGGAGAGCUAUUGCCGCCAAAGGGGACUCUCAUGAUGGUCCUUUGGAUUUUUUACCUGCCCUUCCUACUACUGUUCGUCUUCACGAUCCCCAAUUGCUUGCGAACAACCUGUCGAAAAUUUUUCGUCGUCGCAUUAUGCAUGAGCGUUUUCUACAUUACCAUCGCAUCGUACCUCCUCGUUUGGAUGAUAUCGGUAAUCGGCUUCACCCUCGAUAUCCCCGACGCGGCGAUGGGUCUCACAUUCUUGGCGAUUGGAGUCACUCUUCCCGACGUUGUGAUCAGCGUCCUGAUCAUCCGCAAAGGCCACCCCGACAUGGCAAUUUCGAAUGCAAUCGCUUCGAAUAUCGUGGAGAUCCUCGUGGGUCUCGCCCUCCCGUGGCUCGUGAAGACACUUUUCGUCGCUCCAGGCCAACCAGUUUCACUCCAGAGCCGAGGUAUGCUUUACUUCACGGUCUAUCUGUUGUUGACGCUGGUAUUCCUCAUCGUCCUCACUCACAUGUGUGGAUGGGUGAUGACGAAACUCUACGGCACCAUUCUGAUAGUCUGGUAUGUCGUGUUCUUGACAGUUUCCGUCUCACACGAGUUGGGUUAUCUAGGCGGCGAACGACCCAUCACAUGCCCUAGUUCCUAUUGA